UCCCCUGGGGCGCCCUGCAGAGCUGCCUGCAUCCCAGCGUGCUCAGGCCGUGGGGGGCCGAUGAUGUCUGGUUCCGGGCACGGCUCUGUUCUCCGUCCAGGGGAGCCCCUUCGCCAUGAGGAGCCCAGCCCGGAGCCACUACUACCCCUCACCUGCCCGCCUGCCCGGCCCACAGUACCAGUGCAUGGUCCGACCCUGAGCCCGGCCCGCCUGCUGACCGGUGUCCCUGCCCUCGCCCCGCACCGAUGGCGCCCCCCUGAGCCCACGGCCUCCAGCCCCCCAGACUUCAGCUUCCUGCAGGGCUCUAGCUGCCGGGGGACAGCUCUGGACUUGGACUCCACCAACCCCUUCCCCGAAUCGUGGUCCUCAACCGAGCGCAGCUCCUCUAGCACCCCCCAGGAGGUGCCAGCCUUGAGGCAGUCCCUGGGCCCCCUAGCCUCAGCCCAGGAUGGGGAGUCCAUCAUUGCCAAGUACAUAGAGCGUUUCCGCCAUGGGCAGCCGAGGAGCCGCAGCCAGCGCCAGGCGCCCCCCGUCCCCACAGCCAGGGAGUUCUGGUGGCUGGAGCCAGCACCUCCCUCUGACAGCUCCACCCCGAAAGGGGGGGCAAAGCCAGACUGUGCUAAGCUGGAAGAGGCCAGGCCAGGAUGGGCACUUGUCAGCCCCCCGCUGCGCCCCAUGGGGGGCCCCUCAGACACCUCCCCACUGGAGUCGCCUGACCCCGACAGUCACAGCCUGCAGGAGAGAGCCACCCGGCUGCUGUUGAGAAGUGAGUCCUCCCUGAGCAGCACCAUCCCUGUCAGCUCUGAGGGGCUGCGCUCCACACCUCCAUCCAGCACCGCGGACUCAGACCAGGCGCUUCCCUGCCCCUCUCACCUCUCCCUGCUGGAGCCCUCCCCAGAGCCCCUGCCCCUUGCCUGCUGGCCUCCUGCCCAUAUCCCACAAUGCUCCUCUUCCACUCCGCCGGAGGAUGACAUCCUGUUCCAGUGGCGCCUGCGUCGGAAGAUGGAGCAGGCAAGCCAGGCCGGCAGAUCGCUGCCCCUGCUGGGCUGGAGGACUAAGCUGGCCUGGGGCCCAAGGACGGGCGAUGGGAUGUGCAUGGCACGUCCUGGCGUUGGACUGCUGCCAAGUGCAGUGGCAUGGAGGAGCGGAGAUGCUGCUGCGUUCCCAGCGCCUGCUGUCCAGCCAGAAAUGAGAUCUGGCCUGGAGUGGGCACUAGGACCCUCUGCUCUUCGCCAAGGGAUGGGGCACCCCCUGGAGGUGCCCUUCCUGAGUGCUAAGCCAGCUGUGGGGCAGAACCCCAUAGCUGUCCACGUUCUGGGGCAGCUGGCAUCUGCUGCCACCCCCUCCAGCACACCACAGCCUGAGGGAAAUGGAGGAGGAGCUGCAGAGAGGUGGAGCUCCCAGGAUGCUUGGCAGGGAAUGGGACCGGUGGAGCAGCCCAUCUCCCAGGAUGCUCAGUGGGCAGCAGGACCAUCGGAGCGGCCCAUCUCGCAGGAUGCUCGGCGGGCAGCGGGACUGGCGGAGCGGCCCGGCUCGCAGGAUUCUCGGCGGGGAGCAGGACCGGCAGAGCAGCCCAUCUCCCAGGAUGCUCGGCGGGCAGCGGAACCAGCGGAGUGGCCCGGCUCUCGGGAUGCUCGGCGGGCAGCGGGACCGGCGGAGCGGCCCGGCUCUCGGGAUGCUCGGCGGGCAGUGGAACCGGCGGAGCGGCCCGGCUCUCGGGAUGCUCGGCGGGCAGUGGAACCGGCGGAGCGGCCCGGCUCUCGGGAUGCUCGGCCGGCAGCAGGACCGGCGGAGCGGCCCGGCUCUCGGGAUGCUCCGCGGGCAGCGGGACCGGCGGAGUGGCCCGGCUCUCGGGAUGCUCGGCGGGCAGCGGGACCGGUGGAGUGGCCUGGCUCUCGGGAUGCUCGGCGGGCAGCGGGACUGGCGGAGCGGCCCGUCUUGGAGGAUGCUCGGCGGGCAGCGGGACCGGGUGUGGCACAGCACAUACCUAAAGAGACCGAGCAGCCUUCCAAGCCUCAGCCGUGGCAAGACAGAGCUGCCACGAAGCCAGAGGCGACCCCCAGCUGGAGGAGGAGAGGCAGGAAGGGGGAGUCAUCCAUCCACAGUGCCCUGGGGCAGAAUCAGAUGGCACUGAGUUCGAGGAGGAUCCACUGCUGGAGGUGCUGCGGGGCCAGCGGGAGGAUCUGCGCAGCCAGCUCCGGGCCGUCGACAUCGCAGUGUCCAGGCUCGUGUCUCAGGGCUUGGCUGAGCCGCCCGGCCGCCCCUGCUGAGGGUCUCCGGGUCUCCCUCCCUCCAGGCCCUGCUCUGUCUGGAAUCGGCCUUGGGGGGCCGUUAACAAUAUCCUGAGCCAGGGCGACUAGCUGUGAGUCCACGUGCCCCCAUCUCAGGGCCGAGUCAGCCCAGAGCCAGAGGUGGGCGAAUCUGCCAGCUCCCCUCAGGCCAGCUAGGCUACCUAGCACCGCCUGCACCUCAGCCAGGACCUUGCGCCCCUUGGGGGAGGGUCAUUGGCUCAUUGGGGGCACAGGAGGGAGCAGGGCGGGAGUGCUGGCUGUGGGCGGAGCUCCCAGCCCCCCCCCCCCCCCCCCCCCCGGCCUGGCCCAGCGGGGGGUGCUCUAGGGCACAGGUGUGCCUGGGGGAGCUGUUCCCUGGCCAGGUGUGGAUGGUUUUUGCUGUUUUCUUAGGCAAUGUAAUAAAAGUGGGUUUG